AACGAGGGUAAUCCGGCUUUUGACCCCAAAAGUUGGUUUGCCUGGAUUCUCGACUGACUUGCAUCAGAAACGGAACGCAGAGUUCAGAGCCCCGCCCCCAACUCUCUCAGGAAAUUUCUAUGGAGUAGCUGAAAACCUUUCUGUUCAAUCAAGAGAAAGGGGCGUACCAACUUUUAGAGACUGAGUAUGGAGUCUGACGACCACGAGCUGAGAAUCCCCAACCCCGAGCUUCACGAUAAACCCUCCCCCAAGGUCAGAGAAGAAGGCGAACUAUCUUCGGACGACGAGGACGUACCGUCUCUACCUCAGGAAGAUCACGUUUGCUCUGCCCAACAGUGCACUAGUAUUGAUGCUCCUGCAGGAUUGGGUCCUGUUCCUCCAGAAAACAAAUGCAGUGACGACUUUCACGAAGAUAACGCUGUUUUCAGCAAUAAUCCUGCAGUGACUGCUGAUAUUCAUUCCCGAGCAUCUAUUAAACCAAUGACUAAGAAGAAUUUUGAUAAGAGCCGGGUACCAUCAAAUACUAGGAGUCCGGGCCCUGGAUGGUGCACCUCUGUGGGAGCCACUGAUAAUCUUGUAAUACGCUUCUCGGACAAUGACAGUGGCAGUGAUUCUGAUGAAUGUGUAAAAGAAAAAGCUGCUGAAAAUAAAAGUAGUAUAGCUAGAGUGGUCAGAAAUCAAAAACCUCCUGCCCCUUUACAUUCAAAGUUAAACAAACAGGUUGCCACUGGCACUGUAAGCAAAGUUAUACCCAAAAGAUUGCCUUUAAGUCGAACAUUUAUUUCAUCAGUGGCCAAAAUUCCUGGACCCAAUUUUAGUGGUGCUGGGCAAUUGCCAGUUGAGCAUGGUAAUCGAAUUAGAAAAGUUAAUUCUUUAAAGAAAAAUGUAUCAAGCCAGGAACGUGGGUAUGAUCAAGGUGUAGGCCUGAGCAAUAGUAAGCUUCAAGACUUGCGUCAGCAGAUUGCACUUCGUGAAAGUGAAUUGAAGCUUAAGUCUGCACAACGAAGUAAGGAAGCAGGUUCACUCAGGGAUGAUAAUGCAAUGAGUUUACCUAGUGAUGCAGCUAGGAAAAUUGGUGCCACUUCUGCCAAAAGUGCACAAAGAGAAUCAAAAGAACCAGAGAAAAAACGUACAAAAGUCACUGGAUCUUACUCAAAUCAGCUAAAUUCAAUGGGCCUGCGAGAAGUGUCUGUUGGAAGAUCUAUAUUGCCGUUAAAACAACAGCCAAUGCAGAAUAAUAUGGCAGAAACCAUUAAGUUAGAUCAUGGACAGAAAGAAAAUACUGCGGGUAGAACAGAACCAAGUAUCACUAAAUGGCACCAGAAAAAUUGGAAACAAGGAGCUGAUUUACCGGAAAAUAUAUCUGCUGUGCCUAAAGAUGGUUUUACUGUCGUCAGAAAUUGCAUUGAGUCUGGUGGAAAUAGUAAACAUGUGGAAUCAUCUUCUAUGUUAACCCCGAAUGCAUCACCAGCAGCAAAUAAGAUUUCUAAUGUUGUCCCAAUGAACUUAAACAAUGUGGAAUUGAAUCCAAGCAAAAUUGUUCCUCGUCAACAACCAAAUACUUUCUUUAACAAUGUGGAAUUGAAUCCAAGCAAAAUUGUUCCUCGUCAACAACCAAAUACUUUCUUUAACAAAGCAAUGGUGGGAAAAAAUCUUUUGCUUGACAACCAUCCUCACAUCUCAUCCAAUGACAAGAUACCUGAGCCGGCAGUCAAUGAUAAGAGUCAGGCAUCUUUAAAUAAUGAAAACUUUUGGAAUUGUUCAAGUAAUGCAAAUGUGUCAGAACGUAAUGGCAUAAAUGUACAAUCAUUGGUUGAAAUGGAGGAUUCAUUAGACAAAGAUCUCGAGGAAGCACAAGAGCUUAGACAUAGAUGUGAAAUUGAAGAAAGAAAUGCUCUCAAAGCUUAUCGUAAGGCUCAAAGGAAUCUGAUUGAGGCUAAUGCUAGAUGUUCUGAUCUAUAUCGCAAAAGAGAAUUGUACUCUACCCACUUGCGAUCAUUUAUCAUGGACAAUUCAGAUUUAUUAUGCUCCUCAAGACAGAAUGAGAAAGAUGGAAUUGGGUCAGAUUACUCUAAUAACGUGUCUGAGAAUAUGCUUCUUUUACCACCAAGCAAUCAUUUAGUCAAAUACAAUGGUUUUAAUCCACUAGGAGUUGGCUCCAAUUUCCAUUAUAUCAACAUUCUUCCGGUUCAAACGUCAGAUAGGCAUGCGAAUGGACAAAAUUUGGGGUCAGAACCGGGCAGUGAACUAGAUGCUAGUACAUCUGAGCCAUUGUGCUGUAGGGACAAAGCAGCUGCUGAUGGGGUCCGAUCUUCCUCUAAUGAUCCAAAUAUUGAUGAAGACGAUGAGUCAUUUUCAUUUGAACGUGAAACAGUUAAACCCGGCUUUGGGUGUCUUACAAAUGACAACAGUUUCGUUGAUAUGGAGAAAGAUGUAAUUAUGGAACCUGGUAGAAAAGGGUCCAUUGAUAGCUCCAGGGAAUCUUUUCUACUUGAAGAAACAUUGAGAUCUGAACUUUUUGCAAGGCUAGGGGCAAAAAAUUUGUCAAAGACUGGUGGUUCAUGUAAUAAUAUCCCCCUUACUACGGAACAGGGAACUGAGAAUGAUGUUAGCAGUGAAAAAACCCAAACAAGUUUACAGAAUUUUCCAUCCUCUGAGGUAGAAGAAGGCCCUGGUAGAUUGGAGAGAAGUAAUUCUGAUGCACCUGAUAUUCAACUUGAACACUGCAAUGAAGAUAAUUGUUUGAUCUCUCACUCUCUUACUAAUUCAGAGGAUAACAGAGUUUAUGACAAAGAAGAUUCUUCUUGUAUAUCGAUUUCAAGUUCUAACAUCUUCAAAAGUGCUUUUGCCAAUUUGAAAACUAUAACACCACAGACUUUAAUGGAGUGGCUGGCUAGAAAUCAACAGAAUUACACUAGUGGUAUUAACAAGAAGGAGGAUGCUUGUGCCAAGUCUGACCAAAUGCAAGGGAGCAAUACUCAAGCAGACUCAACAGAUGAGGCCAUUGUCGAAUUCUUUGGAAGAGAAAUUGGCUCAUAUAAUUGUGAUAUUGCAGUUGACCCCUUUAGACCCCUUUGCAUGUAUGAACUCCGAGGAAAGUGCAACAAUGAUGAAUGUCCUUGGCAGCAUGUUAGGGACAACUCUAGUGCAAUUAUAUCUCAUGAUCAGAAUAAUGAUUCUGAUUCCGAUGCAAAAGUUCCCAAGUACUAUGAUGUUAUGAUAUCCCCAACAUACCUAGUUGGCUUAGAUACUCUGAAAGCUGAUCUGCAUUCAUACGAAUCUGUUUUAGCGUGGAGAAAUAGUCACUGCUGGCAGAAAUGUUUCAGUAUAUCCUUAACAUUAUCAAGUUUGUUGUCAAAUGGUUUGCCUGCACAUGGGCCACUCGCACAAGGUAGUGAUGGUCGCAUAGAAGUCUGUGGAAGCUGGAGUAGGCAAUCAUCAUAUAUUCUGAGUAGAACUGGCAGAGUGGUUUGUAAUGAACUCAAACAAUCUUUGGCUGAUAAUGAGCAAGCCCUGGAAACGGCUAUUUUAAUUUUCAAUCAGGAGGUAGACAGAUUUGAGGCUAUGAAAGAGGCUCUGCACAUUAUAUCUCGAGCUCUGGAGGCUAAUCCAAGAUCCAUAUCUCUCUGGAUAUUCUAUCUUCUUCUUUACUAUGGUAGUAUGAAGUCUACUGGGAAGGAUGACCUGUUCUCUUAUGCGGUCAAAUACAAUCAGGGAUCUUAUGAGCUCUGGCUUAUGUAUAUCAACAGCCGCACACAUAUUGAUGAUCGGUUAAUGACAUAUAAUUCAGCACUAUCUGCCCUUUGCCACUGUAAUACUGCUUCUGACUGGGAUGGUUUGCAUGCUAGUGCUUGCAUCUUAGAUCUGUUUUUGCAAAUGGUGGAUUGCUUGUGCAUGUCUGGGAAUGUUGAAAAGGCUAUCCAGAAGAUCUUUGACCUCCUCACUGUUGGCAAUAAUUCUGAUGAACCUCCAGUCUUGCUCUCUGAUAUACUUUCAUGCCUGACAGUUUCUGAUAAAUGCAUAUUCUGGAUCUCUUGUGUUUACUUAGUAAUUUAUAGGAAAUUACCAGAUGCCGUGGUCCAGCAAUUUGAAUGUGAGAAACAGCCAUCAGAAAUUGAGUGGCCUUCCAUUCUUUUACUUCAUGAUGAGAAGCAGAGGGCUGUUAAGUUGAUAGAAAAAGGAAUGUUUUCUAUUGAUUCAUUGAUGGAAACUGAAUUACUUAAAAAUGAUAUUAAUCUGAGAUCAGCACAUUUUUUUGCUGUCAAUCAUAUUAGGUGCAUGGUUGCUCUAGACAAUUUGGAAUGUUGUAGAAAUUUGUUGGAUAGAUAUCUUGGACUAUAUCCAUCAUGCUUAGAACUUGUUUUAAUACGAGCACGUGAAAAGGAUUUUGGGGGUCUGAGUUUUUCGGGCUUUGAGGAAACACUUGGUAGCUGGCCAAAAGAAGUCCCAGGAAUUCAGUGUAUUUGGAAUCAGUAUGCCCAAUGUGCUGUCAAGAAUGGAGGAUAUGAAUUUGGGAAGGCACUCAUGGACCGGUGGUUUCAUUCUGUUUGGGAAGUCCAUGAUAAGCAGAAUGGUAUGAAUAGUGAGAAUAUAGAAUUAGCUUCAGUUUCAAUUUCGGAAACUCUUCCUACUCUAAGUCCAAUUGAUGUGAUGUUUGGAUUUCUUAAUCUUUCUCUUUAUAAGCUAAUGCAAAAUGAUCGUCUUGGAGCUUGCAUAGCUGUUGAAAAGGCAUUAAAAGCUUCUAUUCCUAAAUAUUUCAAGUACUGCAUUGGAGAGCAUGCCAUGUUUUUGCUCACUGAUGAAUUGCAAUUGAAAGAGAAUGUUUCUGUCAGUGGUGUGUUGAACAUUUUGGAGCGGUACAUAGGUAACUCACUGCCUUUCUCUGUCCCUGAGCCUUUGCCUAGAAAAUUUAUCAACAGCAUCAAGAAACCUAGAGUGCGACAGCUUAUUAGCAACAUAUUCUGUCCAGUUUCAUCUGAUUUCUCUCUUGUAAACUUGGUUCUUGAAGUGUGGUAUGGACCAUCUUUUCUACUCGAAUUAUUGUGUAAGCCAAAGCUUUUGGUGGAUUUUGUUGAAGGCAUUCUGGACAUAUCUCCAUCCAACUAUGAAUUAGCCAUGUCUGUCUGUAGACAUUUGAGCAGUCGCAACAACUCUACUGAUCUUACUCUGACCAGUAUGUUGUUCUGGGCAAGCUCAAACUUAGUUAGUGCAAUUUUCCUGGCUGUCCCAAUUCCUCCAGAGCUUGUAUGGGUAGAAGCUGCUAGCAUCUUGGGUAAUGUAAUGGGUGUCGACAUCAUAUCUAAGAGAUUUUACAGAAGAGCAUUGUUGGUAUAUCCAUUUUCUGUGAAGUUGUGGAAGUCCUAUCAGACCCUUUACACAGAUACAGAGAUGAAAAAAAGUAUUGCAGAAGAAGCAAAAGCAAAGGGUUUACACCUUGGCUAACUUUGUUUGUACUUCAAUGUGAUUAGAAAAUUGGGUAGGAUUUGCAUUUGCUAGAGAUUUUGGAGUCAGUUUUGCUACAUUGGUGCUUUUAGGCCUCAAGUAUCAUUGAUGAACAGCCCUGAAAUGCACACCCUCGGCAGGUGCUGUUUUGGUUACCAUUUUUACCGACACAGGUUAGUGGACUCCUUUAGUUUUGAAUUUAGGAACUACAAGCUUGUACAGGAUAGAAAUACAAUCAGAAAUAGGUUGUAGCUUUUACCAACUUGGCAAGACUUACAGACUUUUAAGGUAAGAAAGAAAGAAUACCUAUGUCAAAGGAGAUGAGAUCCAAAUCACAGGCAUCACUAGCCAUUCUUUUUUUCCCACUUUUUUUUUUCAUUUUUUUCACCAUUCAUAUUAGACAGUUAUUUUUGUACCUAUUCUUACUCUUUUGCUGUUGUCUUCCUCCUCGCAAGAGAAGCUACUUUCCAGUUAUAUGUUUAUCAAUAUAUGUAGAGUAACUGUAAUUACAUAGACUAUUGUACUUGGAUCUUAUACGUGAAAUGAAUGUGGAAUAGUUUCUGUUUUUUUGUAAUA